UAAUCGAUUGUGACGGCAGCGCCAUCUUAUACACUAGCUCCGUCGACAGCAAACAUCGAAAUCUUUCUUUUUUCCUCGACGAUUUGAGCAUAAGCUUGACUCAAGAUGACAAACUCAAAAGGUUAUCGUCGUGGUACACGAGACUUGUUCUCCAGGAAGUUCCGUACCCAUGGAACAAUUCCAUUGUCAACGUAUAUGAAAGUAUACAAAGUAGGUGACAUCGUGGACAUUAAAGGAAACGGUGCCGUGCAAAAGGGAAUGCCCCACAAAGCCUACCAUGGAAAAACUGGCCGUGUGUUCAACGUCACUCCCCAUGCCAUGGGUGUGAUUGUUAACAAACGUAUCCGCGGAAGAAUAAUCGCAAAACGCAUCAACAUCCGCAUCGAGCACUUGAACCACUCAAAGUGUCGUGAAGAUUUUCUUAAACGAGUUAAGGAGAACGAGAGAUUAAGAAAGGAAGCCAAGACCAAGAACAUCCAAGUCGAGCUCAAAAGACAACCAGCUCAGCCUUCAAAAGCUCACAUCGUCUCUGGACGUGAAGCUCCAAUCUUAUUGGCACCAAUUCCUUAUGAAUUCAUCGCUUAAUUUAUAAAUAAAGUUCUUUAUAAACUCGUA